AUGGGCCGUAGAUGCUCCCACAAUAGGACCUCGGUCGGCUGCGGCCCCCACGCCGUAGGAGGCCGCUGUGCAGCCCGGCGACGAGCCAGAGGCCAGGGCGAGAUACCGCGAGCCCAGGUGCACCAGUCGAUCCCGGACCCUGACCGCCGUCGGCCGCUACAGCGAGCGAGAGCACUACAGACGCCAGCACCAGCAUCGGCACCAGCACCAGCACCAGCGGUCGACGAGACCAGAGCGCCACCUCCGGCUCCGGCGCCGUCCAGCCCCCCGCCCGCAUACAGCGUCGCCCCGCCGCGCAAGCUGUCCAAGACCUUCUGGCCCCUGCGGGGCGAGGAGUUUGACGAAACGCCCGUCAAGGACCGGGGUUUGUUCCCGAGCAGCGGUGGCAGCGGCAGCAGCAGCAGACUCAGCAAGAAGGCGGUGGGCCCUGGCAGCGGCAGCGGCAGCGACAGCAAGAUGCUGCCCAAGUCGCCGGAGAAAGACGCCAUGGACGGCCGCUAUACCCAGGGUGGAGAGGAAGAACACGAGCAGGCUCAGGAGGCGCUUCUGCAACCACGACAGCAACAUCAACAAACCCCCUUGCCCGAGUUUCAAUCAGUGCGGGCGCGGAGUGGCUUCCGGGGCCGGUUCGUGGAUGCCUUCCGAGCGGCGACCCACGCUUGGCGUCGGCCGCCUCAGGGUCGGGCAUUUGUCUGA